AUGGUUCUGCACGUAUCAAAUGAGAAAUUGGAUGUUUUUGAGGAACCCAUCAUAGAUCAUUCCUUAGCCAGCCUACAAGAAUACACAUACAAAUCAUAUGGAUCACCAUAUUUCAGGAAUUCAGAUAUAGUUCAAAUCCCGAUAAGCUUCCAAGAUCUUAUUUUAAACAUUGCUGACAGUUAUAUUAACGUCGAAGGAACAUUUACGCCUAGCGACGCUACGAAACCCUGCUACUUAUCAAACAAUGUCUUGGCCUUUUUAUUUCAAGAAAUUUCCCUACAGAUGGGUGGCGAAAAAGUUUAUGGAGUUCGGAAUCCAGGGAUAACUUCAACUAUAAAAACGAUGGUGUCACAUAGUAAAAGUGCUAUGCAUACACUUUUAUGUACUGGUUGGGGCUUAAGUGCCGAGAACUCGGCUAUAUGUGAUGACAAAAGCAAAGUUUUCAAUGGUAGGAUACCCCUAAAACAUAUAAUGGGAUUCGCAGAAGACUACAAAGAAGGGGUUCUAAAUAUAAAACAAGAGCUUCUGUUGGUUAUUGCAAGAUCCUUCAAAAACUGUUAG